AUGACUGACACAUUCUAUAGGAAUCUAUCACGGCCAAGAUCUGCGGCAAGUUCCGUAAAAAGCGUAAGAAGCAGUAGAAGUGUUAGAAGUACAAGUCCAACAUCUUCUGUUGGUAAUAAUCGAGAUGAAAAUGAUGCUUUAAGACCAUAUGUUGACGCAAUAUCUCAAAUGUUUGUAAGAACAAGAGAAAAAGGAUAUAAUUUUUCAGCAGUAAGCGAUUGUAUUGAAGAAGAAAUAACAUUAAAAAAACUUGAACCUACACAAAUAUUUUCAUGGUUAUCAAGUAAUCAAAAUACAGUACAAUAUACUACGUUACUUGGAUUUUUUUAUUUUCAAGGAAUAGGAAUUCCUGUAGAACAGAGAAAAGGAUUUUCAUUAUUUCUUACAGCAGCGAAAAUGGAUUUUUUCGUAGCACAGGAUUUAGUCGCAGAUUGUUAUGGAUUCGGACUUGGAACUACUAAAAAUGAAGAUUUAAGUUUUAUGUGGUAUCAAAAAGCAUCACAAAAUGGAAGUGUAGAUGGACAAUUUGGUCUUGGUUAUUGUUAUGAAGCGGGAAUUGGUACUGUAAAGAGUAUGUCAAAAGCAUUUCAAUUAUAUAAAAAAUCAUCAAAAAAAGAAAAUAGGUCAGCGAUGUUUAUGCUGGCACAAUGUUAUGAACAAGGAACGGGUACAUCAAAAGAUUUAGAACAAGCAAUUUAUUGGUAUAGGAAGGCUAAAGAAUGCGGAAAUAGUGACGCAGAAGCACCAUUAGCCGAAUUAUUAGCAACUAAAAAUUCUGGGUAA